CGUAGUUUUCACCUCUUCACUCAUCAUGGCUGAGAAACAGAAGAGACGUGAGAACCAACGUGCUUCUUUAAUGCAGAGAUUCUUUUGUUGGCCGGUUUGUCUGACCCGUCCUCGGACGUCUUCUCAGGACGACCUGAAUGAGGACAGCAGACAGAAAUACGAUGUGGACAGAGAGAACAGGAUCGUUAUGGAGGGAUUUCUGUUCAAGAGGGCCAGCAAUGUGUUUAAGACAUGGAACAGGCGCUGGUUUAUGAUUAAGGACAAUCAGCUCAUUUACAAGAGCAAGUCUAAGGGUCUCGGGGGUCUGGUUACACAGGGAAACACUGGACACAAGGCAGGAAUCACCUGA